AUGCCUAGAAGAUUCAAUAAGAAAAACGCAACCACCUUCAAUGUCGUACAUAGAGCCCAUGAUGAUGCAAGGUUCUACGACGACGAAGCGUCUGAGCAUGUUUUGGUUCCACAAUCUUCAAAGAAAAAAGUGGUUACCACUGCUGAAUUAGAAAAGAAACUUGCCAAUACAAGUAUAAGAGAUAACGAAGGGUUGGCGGCACAGUAUGGUAUCACCUACGACGACUCCAAAUACGACUAUAUGCAACAUCUAAAGCCUAUGGGGAACCCCGAUGGUGUUUUUGUUGGAGCUAAACAAACCCAGCCCAAACAGCUGAUAGAAGAUUUAUUUAAAGACCAGUUGCCUUCAAAAGAAACAAGAAAAGUUGCCAGAGAUCUAAACCAAAACAUACCCGACGAAUUACAGGGGUUUAAUCCAAACUUGGAUCCGAGAUUACGUGAAGUGUUAGAAGCUUUGGACGAUGAAGCGUAUAUCGAAGAUGGCGAAGAAGAUAUAUUCAAUUCAUUGUUACAGUCAGGUGAAGUCGAAGACGAAAAUGAGUUUUACGAAGAAGCAGAAGACUAUGACGAGUGGGACCUAGAUAACUAUGAAGAAGAGUAUGACGCUAAAUACAACCUGGAUACGCCCGAGGGUGUGAAUCUGAAUUGGCAAAGAGAUUUUAUGCAAUUUAAAAAAGACAACAAAAACAAGCCCAACGAAUGGGAUUCCGAUGACGAAUUUGAGGAUGAAGUUCCCGAAUUGCCAGAAAUAUCCACCAACAAAAAAGUUUCAAACACCAAAAUGAGAAAAAAGAAAGGUGCCAUGACUGAUACAUCAUCAUUUUCAAUGUCAUCAUCUGCAUUGUUUAGAACUGAAGGACUCACAUUGCUCGAUGAUAGGUAUGAACAGAUGAGCAAAAAGUUUGAAAACGAAAACGAUGAACCGUCCCACAAACCAUUCAAUAUGAACGAAGAAAGACACGAUUUAGAAGGCAUGUUGGACGAUUUCUUGGAUAACUAUGAAUUAGAAAGCGGUGGAAGAAAACUAGCCAAAAAGGACGAUGAAAAGAAAAAAUUACAGCAAGCUGCCAGCUCAGUGUCAAAAGGGAAAGCUGCCAGGAAGUUCAACAAAGCCUUUAGUGAUAUGAAGAUAGAAUAA